AUGACGAUAGCUCCAGUGCUCAUCGCCGCCGAGCCUGCGGCACGCCCGGACGACGGCAAGGACCUGCAGAACUGGUCAUCGCUCAUCGGCAUCAUCACCGCCAUCGUCGGCAACGUCCUCAUCGCCCUCGCCCUCAACGUUCAGCGUUACGCCCACCUCCGACUCCACCGAGAGCGCAUUCGGGUCCGGCGACGAGCGAAAGAAGCCCUGAAACAUGCGCCGGGCGGAGGCCAGACGGGGCCCUACGGCUCUGUUGGCGGCGGAGAAGCAGGAGACACAAACGAGAGCGGUGACAGCGCGAACCACCACGCAGACCACGAUGGUGGCGAGUCUGAGCCCCUGACGAGAUCCUUCCGUUCCGAGGAGUCCGCUGGUUCCGACUACUCUGGCGACGACGAUAAAGCCCCCUCCACAUACCUCCAGUCGCCCUACUGGUGGGCUGGCCAGAUCCUGAUCACCCUCGGCGAGCUGGGCAACUUUUUGGCCUAUGGCUUCGCGCCCGCCUCGAUCGUGUCGCCUCUGGGGGUCGUCGCGCUGAUAUCCAACUGUGUUAUUGCGCCGAUCGUGUUCAAGGAGAAGUUCAGGCAGCGCGACUUCUGGGGCGUCAUUAUCGCCGUGGCCGGAGUUGUCGUUGUGGUUCUGAGCGCCAAGCAGGAGGAGACGAAGCUCGACCCCGACGAUGUGUGGGACGCGAUCACGACUUUGGCGUUCGAGAUAUACCUUGCGGUGACGAUAUCAUUAAUAGUCAUCCUCAUGUGGGCGAGCCCGAGGUAUGGUCACCGGACCAUUUUGAUCGACUUGGGUCUUGUGGGACUCUUUGGUGGCUUCACGGCUCUGUCUACCAAGGGCGUGUCCUCGAUAUUGUCAACGACCCUCCUGGGCGCAUUCAAAACCCCGGUUGCAUGGGCGCUGCUCUUUAUCCUCCUUUUCACCGCAGUCAUGCAGGUGCGCUACGUCAACAAGGCGCUGCAGAGAUUCAGCUCAACGCAGGUCAUUCCCAUCCAGUUCGUCUUGUUCACGCUCUGCGUCAUCAUUGGCAGUGCCGUCUUGUAUCGCGACUUCGAGAGGACAUCUGCCGAACAGGCAGGCAAGUUUAUUGGAGGUUGCCUGCUCACCUUUUUUGGCGUCUUCCUCAUUACUAGCGGUCGAGUCGAGGAGGAUAUUGAGGACGGCAUGUCCGACGUCGACGGCGUGGAGGAGACCAUCGGCUUGGCCGAGCAAGACGGUUAUAGCCCAACGCAGCCGCUGGCGCCUUCAUCCACAUCUAUCCCAUCCCCAAGAUCGCGCCGCUCCUCUCGGGCUUCCAACGGAGGGCAUCCAACCAACGGGUCGAAGCAGUUCAGUAUGCAGCACGACUUGGGAAUCCCCACACUUCGUAUCCCCACGACUGCGUCGACGGGCAACCUUCCUAACGCGGAUGUGGAACCUCUGUUAGCCAACCCUUGGAGCAACUCCGCGGACGAGGUCCUUCCCCCGCCUGGAACGAGGACGAUAUCCGACGACUCCAUUAACACGUUCCCCGGUCUCGGCUUCUCGCCAUCAGAGCCGGUAACACCGUACUAUGACGGUCAAUUACAACCCAAGUAUCCUACAGAUAACAGACCGGUCACACCGCGCACAGCACUGCCAACCCGACCUCACAGCCACCAAUACCCAAGCCCUCUCUUCUCCCCGUCUCCCCUUUCGUCCACUGUCAGCGCUGUUGUCAAGGACACUCUUCUUAGGAGCGCAGAAAGUCCGCUGCUGCGUAGGCCCUCGGUGCGGAGGUUACGCUCGAGCAUCCGGGCCAGCCUCUUCGUGCCCGAGAACAGCGAGGGCGCGGAUAGCGACGCCGAGAGACAGGAUCUGAUGAGCCGAGGGAAUGACUACGGAGACGGAGGCGUGGCCGAGCGCAGCCGGACCGCGGGCGAGGGCGCUUCUAGAGAACCCCAGACGGGCAGACCGCGGAGCCUGAGCGAUACGCUAGGAGGGUUCUUUAGGUCGAAGAGAAACAGGCGGGAUGCCAAUACAGACCCCGAGGAGGACGUAUAA